CGUAUGUUCAUGGACGACCCAUCACAAAAAAAGCGUUUGUAUAUUAAGGCGCACUAGACCUGGUCCAAGAUACAUAGAUUCAUUCUUGCAUUCCAGAAAACAUAAGCCAACAAAGUCAUUUUUACAUUAAACAAAGGCAAGUUUUGUUUGUUCCAUCCACUGCAGUAGAUCAACAAAGAGUUGAAGAAAAGAUGAUUCAAGAGGUAUUUGGUGGUAACGUCAGCAAUCAUACUGCAGCAGAGGGCCUUAGUGUUGGUAAAAGAGAAGCUUCAUUACCUCCUCCCACCGGAGUUCUACAAUCUUCCUCCACCACUACCACUACCACAACUAACCCUAAACCGUCAUCCGAAAACUCAAAUCCACUCAGAUGCCCUCGCUGUGACUCUUCAAACACCAAGUUUUGCUACUACAAUAAUUAUAACCUCACUCAGCCUCGUCACUUCUGCAAGACUUGUCGUCGCUAUUGGACUAAAGGAGGUGCCCUCCGUAAUGUCCCUAUAGGAGGUGGAUGCCGGAAAAACAACAAGGCUAACAUCAGCCAUGCGAUCUCAUCCGCACUUGAAAAACCUACUACUGGAAAAUACAUAAGGUCUCAUAUACUGACGUCAGAGAACAUGCUGCAGGGAAAAGCUUCAUCAGCCUAUUUAGGCGGAUCCGAUCAUGGAGGCCUCUCCACACACUCUCUUCUAUGGACCUCCCCUCAGACUAGUCAUUUGCUAGCACUGCUCAGGUCUAACCAAGCCCAAAACCCUGACCCUAACUACGAUUGUUCCAAUAUCAUAAAUUCUGUAAAGGAAGAAGGGCCCUUUUUGAAUGGAUCAGGAGGCUUCCGGUUGGAUCCAUAUAGUAACAACCUAAAUAAUCAACAACAAAGUGGUGGCUUCAUAGGGCAAAAUCUAAAUAAUCAAGAUCAGGUUUGUGAUCAAAGGGCUAGCUUUAAAUCUGCAGAAAAUUACUAUUCUGAUAAUUAUGCGGCAGCUAAUUUACUUAUGGGAAGUGGGCAUACUCCUUCGGCUAAUUGUUCAGACAUUUUGGAGUCGACUCCGGUGCUCGGAGGAGGUCAUCAGUUAGUCGGUUGUUGGAAUAAUGCAUCACUUUCAAGGCCUGAACUACCCACAACCGACGGUGCAUACCAUUAGAAAAAUGGCUCUCUCUCUUUUUUUUAAUGUUUAUUUAUAUGUCUUGUUAAUUUUCUUCCUUUGUCACCUGCCUUCACGGUAAUUAAGCUAGGGUUUGAGAUUAUUAGGCUCUGGUGUAUCUAUAAAGGCAUAAAGCUAGUUUGGUCUGGCAUGGUUGUGAUGUAUAAAUAUGGUCGAAGUUUAUCUUUCAUUGAA